GUCUGAACCACUGAUGACUGAUGAUAUGAAUGUAUCUGCUUGCUCAGCUGCUUGCUUCCGAUUCUAUCUGCCCCAGAUACAACUCCAUACCACGAGGUGGCGGUAAGAUACAUGUUUGUGAAAAUGUACCAAUUUAGAGUCAUCGCCGAGAAACACCAAUUCACAUGGGUUAAGUUCUAUUGGUGUGUUUGGGUUGUCGGAGCAGAACAACAACGCUUUAUAUAUUUAACUACACACUUGCUAUACUAGUUUUGACUACAUAAUGUAUAAUGUCGCUUACAUUGUGUGCGAAAAACAUAUGCCUAACUACUGUCUGUAAAUUCCUAACUAGGUUAACGUUAGCGUAAACAUUAGCUAGCUAGCUACGUUCAAAUCACAUACCCAGCCAUUGAACAAGCAUAUCUUGCUCGGAGGAGAAAAUACAGUUGUGGUUUCGGACUCUCAAUUUGACUAAUUUAAUCAUAAUGUAUUAUCAGUUUUAAGUGGCACAAAGAUUCAUUGAAGAUAUGUGAAUUUCCAUGGUCCUUUAUUUACGCUGUUAGAGAGGGAAAACUAUGCUACUUGAGGUGAACAUGACGGAGGCAGAGAUGGUCUUUCAUAAAAAGAAGAAGAACAAGAAGCAACUUUUAGAGGAGGUGGCGGAGCCCGGCAAUCCUCAUGAGACAACCACUACGGGAGUCAACUCUCAAAAGAAACAUAAACACAAAAAGAAGAAAACAAAAAGUGAGAAAGAUGACUGUAGACCCGUCGAGGGCCUGUGUGACACAAGAGAAGGGCAAAACGAAACGAAAAGAAAACACGAUGCAGAGAACGUAAGUGUGACACAAGAGGCUGCAGAUGCUGCAGAUGCUGCUGCUGCUCAGGAGAGAGAGGUGAAGAAAAAGAAGAAGAAGAAAAGGAGAAUUGAAGAGCCAGACCGUCCUGGAGGGAACACAGAAGCAGAGGCGGCACUCACAGCGGUGCAAACCAACCUUGAACCAGUCCCCCAGACACGAGUGAAGCGCAAGGCGAAGGUCAGAAAGACACACACACAGCCUGCUGCAGACGCACACUCUCCCACAGACGCACGGCUUCACCCAGAUGAUGUGCUGGACAUUGACGAGGCCACCCGACAGGAGAUCCUGGAGUUCCUGCCUAACUUCACGUUUGGCCACGUCGUCACAGUGCAUGGGGCCAUCAAGUACGACCUGCCCCGCUUCAGGGUAUACAAGAAGCAAGGGAUCCCUCUGCGAACAGGGCGGUUCACCGCGGCCGAGAACAAGCAGCUGAAACAGAACGUGAAGGACUUCCUGGAUGUUUCCGGGAUCGACAGCGAGUUCAAGCUUUUCAGACCCCAACGCUUCCCAGAUGAGAAGGGUACCAUCCGAAGGCUGAAGAGGGAGCUCAACUUUCUCAGGUCUUUAUGCGCUGGGAUCCCUCGUUCCUGGAAUCCUAUACUCCACCGAGCCGGGAGGUUCUUCAACAGGGAGAAUUACAAGGGGAGGUUUACAGAAGAUGAGAACAAGGUCUUGAAGGAACUGUAUAUGCUGCAUGGGUCAAACUGGACGACCAUAUCAGACAAGAUGGGCCGCAGUUGUGAAGCCGUGCAGAGACGCUUUAACGUGAUGUGUGAGAAUCAUGGGGCAUGGUCAGAGGCAGAGUUAAAGGUCCUCCUGACGUGCUUACACCAGCAGCUGCUGAAGAGGGCUGAGCCUGGAGGAGAUGACGGGUCUGCAGUCAUCCAGAAGAUGGACUUGUAUAAGAAACUGGCCUGGGUGCGUGUGGCCAAGCAGGUCCAGACUCGCAGCUCGUUGCAGUGCAGGGUGAAGUGGAUGACUUACCUGAUGGGUAAAAUGAAGACUGGUGGAAAGAUCCACGGGAGGAAGAGCAUAGAGGGGCAGAUCCAGCUGAUCAAAGUGAUCAAUGAAAUGGCUGUGGAGGAAACUGGAGACAUUGUCUGGGAUGACCUCACUCAUCUCUUUGGCAACACAACACCUUUCUACUUACAAAUGAAGUUCCACCAGCUGAAGGUGACCUAUAUACCAGACUGGAACAGAAAGUCUUUCUGUGACAUCAUUGAUUUCCUGUAUGAGAAGACCCUGCCAAAGCUUGAGGAGGACCUGAAGGGCUGUGAGGAUGCUGAAGAGCCUGCAGAGACGCGACAGUCUUACAAGCUGUCAGAGAUCUUCCCCAACCUCUGAAACACCCUAACGCCACCCCCACUCAUCAACUUUGGGCGCGUGUUACUCUUACUGUGUGAGAAGUUUGAAACGCCAGUGACUCUUUGUGUCAAAUGAGGUUCAAAUUAAAUAUUUUCAGGAAUGUUAAUGAUUGGAGAAAAUAUCAGCUUUGUAAUUUUUUUUCCUGACACAGAUUAUGUACUUCAAUGCACUGUUAAUGGGUUAAAUAGUGAAUCAAGGAGUUUAUAACCCA